CAGAGGAGACGCCGGAGCAGAAGGGCGCCGGCGCUGAGCAGCCCCGAAGUUGUCUCUGUCGAGUCGCGCCGAGCCUGGGCUUACAAACGACGCCCCCGGGGGUCCGGUCGCCCCUCAGGAAUCCGCCGAGCGCGCGCUUGCGGCCGGACGAGGGCGGGCGAGGGUGCCGAGCCGCGAGCGAACGCAGCAAAAUGAGCGGCGAGGGCGACUACAACUUCAGACGGGUGGCGAUCCGGCGGAAGUCCAACCCCUCCUACCUGCCGCCUGGGACCCCCCGGCCUUGGAGUCGGCCCUCGUCGCACCUGGAAUGGGCCGAGACGGCCACGUUCAGGGGCCAGGCCCCCGCAGACGCCCCAGGCAGCAGUACCUGUCCAAAGAUCACUAUAGUUUCACCUUGCUUGAAAAGCAGCACAACCACACUGAUUGAUCAGAAUGUAUCUGAUGAAGAGGCUCAGGGAAUAAAUGGGAAAACUCCAGCAAAACACUCAGCUGCAAGUCCAAAGCCACAAGUGCCUCCAAAGCCACUACACCUGCAGAAUUCACCUUCGUCCAACAUACACCAAACCCCCAGGCAUAAAGCUUUAUCUAGUGCAAAACCAAGGAUGGAGGAAGUUAAACCUGCCUCUGCUUCUUGUGUCUCAAAAGAAAAACCCAGUAAGAUAUCAGAUCUCAUCAGUCGCUUUGAAGGAGGCAGCUCAUUAUCAAAUUACAGUGAUUUGAAAAAAGAUUCUGCUGUGAACCUAAAUGCGCCUAGAACCCCGGGAAGGCAUGGAUUGACAACCACACCUCAGCAAAAACUCCUCUCCCAACACUCACCACAGAAGCAGGGAAAUGAUACAGAUCAAUCUCAGGGUGCACAGACUUGUGUGGCUAACGGUAUGGUAGCAGCACAAAACCAGAUGGAAUGUGAGGAGGAUAAAGCGGCCACUCUUAGCCCAGAUACUCCUAUUCAAACUUCUGAGCCCUUGCCCGAUACAAACUUAGUGAAUGGAGAAAGACAGGAAACAGCCACAGACCUUGCAUCCCCCACAACAAAUGACUGUGAUGAAAAUGCUUCUGACAGUAGCUGCAGGAUUUUACAUGUCGGCCCACUGCUCCCCCUGGAAGAAGGAAGAGCAGACACAGAAGCCAAGGUACAAGAGAGGGAAGAUGGAGAAAGCCCCCUAGAACUGGAACAGCUGGACCAGCACCAUGAGAUGAAGGAGACUAAUGAGCAAAAACUUCACAAAAUAGCCAAUGAACUUUUGCUUACAGAAAGAGCUUACGUCAGCCGACUUGACCUCUUAGAUCAGGUAUUUUAUUGCAAACUACUGGAAGAAGCAAAUCGAGGCUCAUUUCCAGCAGAGAUGGUGAAUAAAAUCUUUUCUAAUAUUUCAUCAAUAAAUGCCUUCCAUAGUAAAUUCCUAUUGCCAGAGCUGGAGAAAAGAAUGCAAGAAUGGGAAACUACCCCUAGAAUUGGUGACAUCCUUCAGAAAUUGGCCCCAUUCCUUAAGAUGUAUGGAGAAUAUGUGAAGGGAUUUGAUAACGCAAUGGAAUUGGUUAAAAACAUGACAGAGCGUAUUCCCCAGUUCAAAUCAAUAAUUGAAGAAAUUCAGAAACAGAAGAUCUGUGGGAGCUUGACUUUGCAGCAUCACAUGCUAGAACCUGUUCAGCGGAUUCCCCGGUAUGAGAUGCUCCUUAAGGACUACCUAAGGAAAUUGCCCCCUGGCUCUCCGGACUGGAAUGAUGCUAAAAAAUCACUUGAAAUUAUAUCUACAGCAGCAAGUCAUUCUAAUAGUGCAAUAAGAAAAAUGGAGAACCUAAAGAAACUCUUAGAGAUUUAUGAAAUGUUGGGAGAAGAAGAAGACAUUGUAAAUCCUUCAAAUGAACUAAUAAAAGAAGGACAGAUCCUCAAACUAGCUGCUCGGAACACAUCGGCACAAGAACGCUACCUUUUCUUAUUCAACAACAUGUUGCUGUACUGCGUGCCAAGAUUCAGCUUGGUGGGCUCUAAAUUCACAGUUCGAACCAGGGUUGGCAUUGAUGGAAUGAAAAUUGUAGAGACUCACAAUGAGGAAUAUCCACACACUUUCCAGGUAUCUGGGAAAGAGAGAACACUGGAACUGCAAGCCAGUUCUGAGCAAGACAAAGAAGAAUGGAUCAAGGCACUUCAAGAGACUAUUGAUGCUUUCCAUCAGAGGUAUGAAACCUUCAGAAAUGCAAUUGCCAAGGAUAAUGACAUUCACUCAGAGGUUUCUACUGCUGAGCUAGGAAAAAGAGCCCCAAGAUGGAUCCGAGAUAAUGAAGUUACAAUGUGUAUGAAAUGCAAGGAGCCUUUUAAUGCCCUGACGAGGAGAAGGCAUCAUUGUCGAGCAUGUGGACAUGUGGUUUGUUGGAAGUGUUCUGAUUAUAAAGCUCAACUUGAGUAUGAUGGUGGUAAAUUGAGCAAAGUUUGUAAAGACUGUUAUCAGAUAAUAAGUGGAUUCACAGACAGUGAAGAAAAGAAAAGAAAAGGAAUUUUAGAGAUCGAAUCUGCAGAAGUAUCUGGAAACAGUGUGGUGUGCAGUUUUCUUCAAUAUAUGGAAAAGUCAAAACCUUGGCAGAAAGCUUGGUGUGUGAUCCCCAAACAAGACCCUCUUGUGCUGUACAUGUAUGGUGCCCCCCAGGAUGUCAGAGCCCAGGCCACCAUUCCACUCCUGGGCUACAUUGUGGAUGAUAUGCUGAGGAGUGCAGACCUGCCACACAGUUUCAAACUGACCCAGUCCAAGUCUGUGCACAGCUUUGCUGCAGACAGUGAAGAACUGAAACAGAAGUGGCUGAAAAUCAUCCUUUUAGCUGUCACAGAAAUAUUAGUAUUAGAAGAGAAUUUCUGCUUGUCCAGUCACCAUCUUCACAUUCCACAUGUUCUUUUGCCAAGCACAAAGAGAAGCAAUGAAGCAGCCUUACCUGUUUCUUAUUAAAGAAUCACGAAUGCUUUUACUUGGAGAAAGGCAAAGGAAUACUCUUAGCCAUUUAGAAACACUCAACCAAAAGACCUCAAAAUGUGAUUGUCUGGUUACAAGAAUAAUCUGUCUUUUGCUUUCUGAGACACCUGAGCAGUCAUGACAAAUUGAACCUAGAAAAAUAAUUGGUUGUUUUACUAUUAAAACCAACAUUCCAUUCUGGUCUUAUUCUUUAUUUUCUCUAAAUCAUCUUUUUUUUAAAGUGCCCUUUCUCUAAACUUAACAAAAUACUUCUUUGAUAAAACUGCUAUUUUUUAUAAAACAUUCCAGUUUUCUCAACAUAAAUUUUGCUUUAUUGAAAGUCUACCAAUGAAAUGUAGUGCAGACUUAUCUCCAGGUUUUAAGUGGGACCCAAUAAUGAAAAAUGCCACCAGCCACUUUUGUAAUAAUGGCAUCUAUAAUGCCAUCAUGUAUGCAAGCAAUAAAACUCUACAGGGUAGGUUUUACACUGAACUUUUAAUGUGAAUGUUCCUAGCCACAAGGGUAUAGAAAAUUAACUCCUAGGAGUGAUACUGUGAUUCAAAUUGCUCAGUAUAGGGAAAAGAACGUAUGUGUGGCGGGGGUGGGGUAGGGAAGGGACAACAUUAUUCCUUGGAUUCAAGUAACCAUCAAAAUCCUUUUUAUUUUACUUUAAAGUUUUUUAAAGCCUUUUUUUUUUUUUUUCAAAGGGUAUGUAUGGGUGGUUAAAAACAGUUAAAGCACAUCUGCACUACACAUUUCAUUUUCCAUGAAGUUUAAUAUAGCUUGGUGUACUUAUAUUCACUGGGUAAGCUACCCAAAUUAAAACAACAACAACAGUUUUUUUAAAUUACCACACUUUUUAUUGUCUUCUUUGUGGAAACAGGAAACAGAUCUAAAUUCCCCUUUAAAUUUUAGAUCUCAUUUCUGGUUAUACUCAAAGCCUUAAGUUCUUAUUCUGAGCAUAUGUAAUAAUGAUUUUCCUGAGCUGGAUAUAUCCUGAGGAAAAGACACCAACAGGAGCAAAUAAACUUAUAGGGAACAAAGGUCUUUUUUUCUUUUUUUUUUUCUUUUCCAGGUAUCCUUGCUAUAAUGCACAGUAGAAAAUACAUUAAAUCUUUCUACAUCACAUAAUGUUCCUGUUAGCGGGUCUAAGAUUAAUCACAUGGUAUUUAUAAGCUAAAAUUAAUUCAAAAGGCAAGAAUGUCGUAAUGUCUUCAUUCUUAACUUUUGUAUUCUUCAAGAAUAUAUUAAUAUAAAAUCUGUGGCUAACCUGUUCUUAUUCUUAGGACUAUACUGGACAUCUGUAGUGGAUCAUGUUACUUUUUCAUUCUCAUCCAAUUUUAGUAAAAUCAAAUUGCUUUUUAUUUUCAUAUUACUAUCUACUAUAGAGUCUCCAGAUUUAGAAAAUAGGAGUAUGAUAUAUAAAAGACCACUAGAUAUACUUUAAAAACCCUUUCUCUGAAUUUAUGCAUACAUGUAUAUAUGUAAAAGCAAUGUUGAUUUCCAAUUCUGUUUAUCCAUAGGAAUGAAAUUUUUAUAGAAAGUAUUCUUUUUAACUUAAAUAUUUUAACAUAAAUUAUAUACAUGGAUUUUUAGUGUAAUUCAUUCUUAUGUAUGCCCUGUAAUCAUGUUGUCAUGAAAGAGUAACUUUGCUUUCUUUACUGAUGUGGUAGAGAGGAAUAAGAUUAGGAACUGAAACAAGCAAGAACAGACAGAGAGGUGGACAGAAAGAGUCCCUUGGACUCCAAAUCAGAGCAAUAUAUGCUAAGAUAAAUGAAAAACAAACUGCAGAGGGAUAUAAACUACAAGAUGUAAAUCUAUGUAAUUGCACACUGAUGGGAUCCAUUACACCUGGGCCUUUCACCUUGCCCUCUAAAUUAUACCACUAGUAUCUUGUCAUUACUUUUUCUUUAGACCUAAAAAAAAGAAUUAAUUCUAUUGGACUAUUUUCUGCACUGUUUACUGACAUAAAAAAUCCCUCUAAAGUCAAUCAUGGUCUGUAUUCUACUUUAUGGACUGAACAUUUGGCAGAAAAAUAGUGUCUUUUCUGUCUUUUGAGAUGAAAUAGCACAUGGCUUCUACAAGAUAGUUUUUAACUCAUUGGGGGUCACUGAGAGUUACAUGAUGUUUACCCCUUCCUAAAAUUCAUUAUAGAUUGAAUUAGUGUGAUUAGGUAGAUUUAGUGAGAAAUUAAAUCAAGAAAUAUUGUAGCAUAUUUGAAUAAGUAAAUACCAAAUACAUAGAGUGAGAUAUAUAUAUAUAUAUAUAUAUAUAUAUAUAUAUAUAUGGGUUUGGGAAGAGACAUAAUAGUCUAUGGGGACCAUUAUGAUAACAGAAUUACAUUAUAUAUUACACAUUAUAUGGAUGUUGAAAUGUAUCGCUUGGGGAGGGGUGUCUCCCUUCGUUAGCAAUCAUGUCUGUAUAUAAAACUUUGGAGGUUCUUGUUUGUUGUACCAAACUAGCAUUUCAUUUUAUGAGUGACAAUUGACUGAUAUUCUUGAAUAAGUGUUAUCUGGGUUUUUGAAUUGUUGACUGAUCAAUUUGAAAUGUAUAUUAGCAAAAUUUUAGAAUUAAGUCAAAUGUGAGAAAGUAAUUUUUCUCUUCUAGCUAUAUGAAUGUAAAAUACUUGCAGAUAGUGUAUAUAUUGUGUAACAUAUGUAUAUUUGCUCAUAAAGGCAGAGAAUUGGAAACAUUGUAAAAUUAAGCACUUUAAUUCCUAUUAAAUAUUAAACACUUGUAUCUUGUAAAUAAAUACAUCUUUAAAUGAA